AUGAGCAAAGGGCCUCCAAAAAUAACGUCAAACAGCACCCAAUAUGGAGUUGAAGGGGACAGCGUGAGGAUAGAAUGCGUCUCCUUCUCAGUUCCAAAGCCCGACUACAUCAUGUGGACCUAUGAGGGGAGUGAGAUCAAUACCUUCCACAACCAAGAAUACGCUUUUCUGGAAGAAUCACUGGCAGACCGUAUGACCAAAUCCACGUUGAUCAUAAGGAAGAGUGAGUCGAGGCACUUCGGGUCAUACAACUGCACUGUUACAAAUUUGUAUGGAAUGGACAGCAUUGAAAUAAAACUGGUGGCUGACAAAACCAACUCCUUAAUCCUGAUAGUUUCCGGAGGCGCCUCAGCAGCAAUCCUAGUGCUCAUCAUCAUGCUGAUCAUCAUGCUUUGCCACCGCAAGACUAAAAAGUCAGACCCUUCGGUGAAGAAGCCCGACAUCACGGAUAUUGGGAAGAACUGUGCUGACCAGUACAAGGAUAGCGAUAGGAGUUCCAAUAUCAGCGAUCUGAAGCUGGAACUGAGGCAGGUGGAAGGCAGCUGUGAUAUAGACAACUCAAACGCCGGUUCUGAAACCGACCUGCACCCUACCCUGCAUCUGACGUCAAACAUGGGUCUUCCCCUGGCGGGACCAGUUCCUCUGCCUGAGGGUUACGACAACCAGCUGAUGAAGCAGUACCAGAGAUACAGCGGGGACUUCAAUCAGCCGAUAAAUAAUCUUCAUUUUAAGGCUCAAGGCCAGAGCAACGGCUACGUCCCUUACGUGGACUACAGCCGGGACUACGCCCCUCCUUUGCCCUCCAGUGACUCGCUCACUGGGUCACUGUCGAGGAGCACUGACGGGUCUACUUACCCCAGUCACUGUGGAUCUCUGCAUCGGCAGACUAGCUGUGGACGGCUGGCGGGGGUUGGACCAGAUGUCAUACCAAUGACCAACCCUGGAGUGGCGUUCACUGGUGGCGUUGACGUCAGAUACGCAGCUACCUACGGAAACCCGUACUUGAGAGGGAGCGGUCCUAUGUCGUACAUACAACAAGCAAACACAAAUCCAACGUCCAAACCAGCCCCUCCACCUUAUUACUCUAUAAGGAACUCCAGUCUUCACCUAUCAGGGAUGGUGGAAGGCUCAUCACCAUCAUCAUCUUCUUCCCUGCGACCAAUGACGAGUCCUCUAGCUUCUUCAUCAUCAACUUCUACCAGUGGCGCUCAGCCUCAAGUGCCUAAAUCAUCCCCCCAGACCUCAGGAGCCUUGUAUAUUCUGCCUCCGUCCAGUCAAGGCAACUCGCCUGCUAAUCAAAUCACACCCAAAGGUAACGGAUCCCAAAUAACUAACGGUACUCACGUUUAGCAGUUUUUAGUUUAAAAAUAGUUUUUAGUAAAAUACAUUGAUAGAUUAUUGAAAAUUGUAUAAACUAAGUGUGCUGUUUUACUGUUUUUAAAAGAAAUGUAGCUUACAAUAAAAUUAAUUAGUCAAUUACUUUUCUAUUUUUUAGUCUUAUUAUCUAGUUUAAUUUUAUAUUUUGACUAAAACUAAAUUCUUUUCAGACAUCUUGACAUUUAAGUAUUAUUUUUAAUUAUUUUUGAAGGCUUUAAUUACAAUGAUAUUAAC